GGAAUAUACAAGAAAAGCUUUCACCAGAAUGAAUACAAUCAGCAUGACUGCCUCAGUGGGUGAUUCACACUGAAAUAUAAAGUGCUUGCAACUGUGUGGUACAGAAUACAGAUUUUUCUUAGAAGAACCACAUCUGAAGGGCGAGCUGAGCAGAUUCCCAAUGGCAAACGAAGCCAAACCAUGUCCAUGUGAGCUAGGAGAUGAGUUUGAGUAUAAAGAGAUUGGACAAGUGGUAGAGAUUGAACAUAUAAAAGCAUAUGUAGCCAGACCACAAACAAGCACCGAUAAAGCCAUAAUCAUUGUGCAAGAUGUCUAUGGAUGGGAGCUCCCGAACACAAGAUAUUUUGUGGAUCUGCUCGCUUCUUAUGGAUACACUGCUAUCCUUCCUGAUUUUUUCAAGGGACAAGAACCUUGGAAAACAACCAAUGAUCGAUCUAAAUUUUUUGAAUGGCUUGACACUCGGCCAGCAAAUGACACAUACAAGGAAGCUGAUGCUGCACUGAACUAUCUGAAGGAGCAAUGCAAUGCAAAGAAGAUCGGAGUCAUUGGAUUUUGCUGGGGAGGAAUUGUAACCCAUUAUCUUACACUGAAGUAUCCUGAGCUGAAGGCUGGGGUGGCUUUCUAUGGUUUAGUCCGUGAAGACAUUGACAAGUAUGGAUUACUAAGUCCCACAUUGUUCAUUUUUGGUGAGAAUGACCCAUUAAUACCACUUGAACAGGUUGCAUUACUGGAUAAAAAACUUAAAGAGCACUCAAAGGCUGAAUUUAAAGUUAAAAUAUUUCCAAAGCAAAACCAUGGUUUUGCCCACAGGAAGAAUGAGGACAUUAACCCUGAGGAUAAACCAUACAUUCUAGAGGCACGGAAAGACAUGUUGGAGUGGCUCAAGAAAUAUGUUAAUUAAUGCAAUGCAUUUUUUUUGCCAUAUUGAUUUAUUAAUGCAAACAUGAACAAGAAGUGUGGGAGGUGUGUUUUUUUCCCUAGUUUAAAUCAAGCCAUUCAUUUUUACAUAUGUAAUUCUUAUAAAAUAAAGCUUUACAAAACA